AUGCAAAAGGCGUCGAGUGAAGGGCAGUGUGAUGAAGAACAACCCGUCUGUGGUGCUUGCUCCGUCCGGGGUGAUGAAUGCGUGUUUCCACGUCCAUGUUCUCCACAUGUACAGACAAGAAGAAGACACCCUCAUCCCAACCUCGAGACAUUGUCUCAUAGUGCAACUUAUCCAGUGAUGCUGCCAGGCGUGAAUGCGGAUCGCAUUCAUCCGCUUAAUUUCAAUAUACCACCCAGGAGACCAUCAAAUCCCGAUGGAGAAUCGAAGAGCUGCCUUAAUAUGCAAGAUUUGAAUCUUUUGAAACAUUACAUCUUGCACACUUCCAAAUCCUUGAGUUUGAAUACUCGCAAAACCUUGGCAUGGGAGCGUGUGAUUCCAGAUCUCGCUACCAAAAAUGCCUUUCUCAUGCACCUGCUCCUAGCACUGGCCGGUCUGGAUAUGAUGACAUUAGAAAGCUCAGACAGCUUCAGAGGUACGGAGCCUCAGAUUAACGACUCACCAUCUUUUAUUGGAUCAAUCAAUUCAAGAUCCUUGGCUUCAGACGAAAUUGAGCUUGAAGCCCUGGUUGAACACCAUCAGAAGGGUCUACAAGGACUCCAGGAGACAUUGGCGGCGGCUGGUGACCAAGAUGCGGAGGCUUUGCUUGCGGGAUCAAUGCUAGUUGUUGCUUUUGCUUUUGCUUCACUUGGAAUCAAAACACUAGAUCCAUCUUCUCAGACGUUGUGGCACUCUCCGACCCCGAACUCCAAUUCCGACAUCCCUCAAAUACACUGGCUCCGCCUAGUGCGCGGUGUCGGUUCCAUUGUGCAGCAGUCUUGGGAUACCCUCAAACUAAGCCGAUUAAGACCUCUUUUACUUUACCACAAUGCCAACGAUGACUGGAAGCUACUCGGCCCGGAACCGACAUUCGAAAAUAGGCUCCUAGCCAAGGGACUGUCGGAAAGUCUCUUGGACUUUGCGUUGGGUGCGCGACGAGCAAUCCUGAGACUGAGAGAAUGCCUAAGCUCUCAGCAGCCAGCGAGUUCCGUUCAUGGUGAUAUUCCUAGCUCAGAGUCAACAUCACAGCUCAGCCCCGAAACCAAUGCAACACCCCAGCCAGAUUCAAUAUAUGCGGCACAGGAUCAGACAAUCGAUGUGGUUGAACAGAUGUAUAUGCGAACCAUAUACGUACUAAUGCUACCACAAAUCGAAUUCCCUUCUGAUCGUGCAAUGCAAGCUGAGAUAGAAGAUGCGGCUGUUUCAUCCUGGCCAUACCUCGUUCCCGAAACCUUUAUCUCUUCGCUAGAUUUGAACAACAGUCCUGAUAUAUCUACCGGGUUAUCAUUUGCUAUACUUGCACACCUCUAUCUUCUGAUUGCUCUACUGGAUGAGCUCUGGUAUCUUGGGGGUCGAUUUCGCAUGGAAAUCAACAAGAUAAAUACGGUGGUAGCCAGGUUUGGGAGCCCUGAGUUGUCCGAACUCAUGGUAUGGCCAGUGAGGGUCGUGAGCCUCCAAACGAAGAUUCAAUGA